CUCAAUAAAAAAAACUAACCAAUUAAAAUAUAAAGUAAAUACUGUUUCCUAAUAAAAUUAAAUAAUGUAUAAUAAUGGCUUAUGAGAAUAAAUGAUGGAUUAUUAUAAAUGAUUUAAUAUUAAUUAACUGUCAAAAAAUAAAAAUUGCAUAUUAAUUACCAUGUAAAGCGGUUAAGAUACAUAAUUCUAGAACAUAGAUAUUCUACCCGCCUUCGUUUCAUUUUCUCCAUUUUCACUUAGAAUUCAAACGUUUCUUCACAUUUGCUCCUCAGUUAUCCUCUGUAAUCACUUCAAACUAUUAGUUUAAUUCUAAAACUUCAAAGUAACUGCCUUCAUCAACGACUCAACACACCAUGGAUGCGUCUGGAGAAUCCAAUCCAAAGGACGUUCUAAACAACGAUCCUGCGUUGAAUAAUUGGGUAGAUGUCACUAUUACGGCAUCAGUAAUUGCGUCUGAGUCUGAGCAUCAGAUUGGAGCACCAAAUGUUCCUGGUCCUGAACACAACAAAGUUACAGAAGAUGCACAUAGCGCUGACCCUAAUCCUGAAAGUGAAACAAAUGUUUCAGGGGGGCAGGGUCAUAGAAGGGUACUAUCAUGGAUCAUAGUACUGAGACCCAAGACAAGGCAAAAACGGGUUUGGUACUCAACCAAUUACCGACUGGAUCAGAGAGAUCAUCGAAGGAAUCAAAUGCAUCUUCACCUCCAGCAGAAGGGAAUGGUGGAGAGGGUGAGACUAAUGCCACCGAUGAGGGUGAAGAUGCAGUUUUGGGAAAGGAAUCAAGGGCAUCUGCAGCUUCACUAUUAGGGGAUGUAGGACAGGAUGCUGGAGCACAAGGUGGGGAUAAGUCUCAUGUUCAAAGUGGACAGGGAGUUGGGGAUGAG